GUCGCAGGAAGUGCUCGCUUGAUACACACCGCUUGCUUAACAGCCGUUUUUUUUUACGUGUAUUUUUUUUUUCGUUCCGGAAGACUUUGUAAACAAACCGUUUUUUGUAUUCAAAAGGAGGAAGAGGAGUAAUGAAACUCGUCCAUAUUUAGCUGAAUAGAGAAGGAAUUCAACAAGAACAUGGAAGACGAAAGGCGGCUGCAGCUCAGCGGGAACCCGGACUGGAUGUCCCGUCUGCCGGAGGAGCUGCAGGAUGUCCCGCUGUGGAACCUGGCUAUACCCGGGAGCCAUGACAGCAUGUCUUUCUGCCUGGAUGUUUCCUCUCCCGUCCUGAGAUCAGAGCCCUGUCUCCUCAGAGCGAUGGACGCGCUGGUCCCCUGCUGGACUCGACCCUGUGUCUCCCGCUGGGCCACCACGCAGCAAUCGGUCCUCAGUAAACAGUGUGAACUCGGUGUUCGUUUCUUGGACCUGCGGAUCGCCAGGAAGCCGGCGGGGGGCCACACACUGUUCUUCGCCCACGGCAUCUACACACUGAUGACGGUGAAGGAGGCCCUGGAUGAACUGGCCGCCUGGUUGGAUGCUCAUCCAAAAGAGAUCGUCAUCAUCUCCUGCUCGCAUUUUGAGUUGCUAACCCAUGAAGAUCACUCCCACCUUGUCGAGUACAUCAUCACGCUGUACGGGAAGAAGCUCUGCCCCUCGCAGGACAUUCCCACUCUGCGGUCCUGUUGGUCCAGAGGUCAGCAGGUCGUUGUUUCAUAUGACAACCAGCAGGUGGUGCUGCAGCACCCCGAGCUGUGGACUGAAAUACCUUACUGGUAUGCCGACAGCCCAGAUCCUAAGAAGGUGAUUGCCUACCUGGAGGACCAGAAGCACAGAGGAAGACCAGCUGGUUUCUAUGUCAGCGGCCUGAACCUGACAGAAGACGCUCCCUACGUCCUCCUUCACCCGCUCCAGGGCAUGAGGAAGAUGACGAUGAGGGCUCUCUCGCUGCUGCUCCGCUGGGCGAGCGAGCAGCGACCGGGCCGAGAGGCCGGCGAGGUCAACGUCGUCUGCUGCGACUUCGUGGACGUCAGUCACUUCUGCUCGCUUGUGAUUGGACUAAAUUACAAAACGCUCGCUCCGGGCCGUUGCCAUAGUAACCAGACCGGAUGGCCAACAUAGAAAGAUGAAUCCGAAAAAAAAAAAACGUUGUACAUAUUUCUUCCUAAUGUAUUGUACUUUUUGUAAUUUUUUUUUUUGCUUUGCAUGCCAUUUUUAAAUAUACACUUUUCGCAGCUCUACAUGUGUAAUGAUAGUCACGUGAUAUCAUUAGCGAAGCUUUAAUGUCCCCGAGGGGGCAGAAAGACAGCUGGCAAUAACGAUAAAUGCAAAAAGAAAGCAAUAAGAAAAACAGUACUCAGCACUAACGUCGUUACCAAUGGUAUAAACAUAUUAAAAUGUUCUUCGCAAUGCUUUGUUGUGUGUGGGCUCCUAUUUAAAUGUUCUAAUUAGUCAUUUUAACCAUAAAUAUACAGUUUAAGUCAAAGAAAAACAAAAGAUCUAGGAUAUCUUGGGUGUGUGGGUGCAGCAAUAGUUUUUAA